UCCAUUCAUUGGAACACUUGAUUUCAUAUUCUUACAAAUCAUCAUUUGAUGAUCCACAGAAUUAAUGGAGUCUUUCAUGAAAGAGUUUGAACAUCUUAAAAUCUCACUGGAGGAGAUAAAAAAAGUUACCAAUAAUUUUAAUAACAAACCUAUCGGGUCUGGUGGAUUUGGGGAGGUUUAUGAAGGGGAACUUUCGCACUCUAAGGGGAGAAGCCUUGUUGCUAUUAAGCGUCUAGAUCGCAAAUUCGGACAAGGCGAUUCCGAGUUCUGGAAGGAGAUAGUGAUGCUCACCCGAUACUCGCAUGAAAAUCUCAUCUCUCUCCUGGGAUUUUGUGACGAGGCUGGUGAAAAGAUAAUUGUGUACGAGCUUGCAUCUAAUGGAAGCCUCGAUCAACAUCUAAGUUCCCCUGAUCUAACGUGGGAACAACGUAUCAAAAUAUGCCUUGGCGCUGCAAAGGGACUUAGGUUCCUUCAUGAUGACAAGGGAAUACACCAACGAGUUAUUCAUCGAGAUGUGAAGAGUUCCAACAUCCUACUUAAUGACGAAUGGAAGGCUAAAGUUUCUGACAUGGGACUCUCAAAACUUGGACCCGCUAAUCAGGAGCACACGGCUCUUUUCACCAACGUUGUAGGUACCCUUGGAUAUCUUGAUCCAGUUUAUUUGCAUCAGGGUGUCUUAACAAAAGAAUCAGAUGUUUAUUCUUUCGGUGUUGUUUUAUUUGAAGUGUUAUGUGGAAGACUAUGCUUUAGCAAUCGUAAUUUAGUGCCUACAUGGAAACAAAGCUACAAAAAUAAGAAAAUACACACGAUUAUGUUCCAAGAUCUGACCCCACCAAUGGAGAUGACUUCUUUGGAAACAUUUUCCGAUAUUGCGUUCCAAUGUGUGCAGGGAUCUCGUGAAAAGCGGCCAACAAUGUCUCAUGUUGUUGAAAAACUUGAAAUGGCACUUGAAUUUCAACAGUGCCUUGAUCUCAAGCUACCAAAGGAGUAUGUAAACAUACUUAAGGUUGUUACAACACCUCUGAGACACAAUUCUCUUGAGGAACUCAGAUUACUUUUCCCCAAUGGCGUUUUCCUUGAUGCAGGCAAAACAUGGUUUUCAAUAAAUGACAAGGGAGAGCACUCUGUAUUGAUAUCUAUUGAUGAAUGUUUGAUUCGAGAGGCAGGAAAAGAUUAUACAUAUUCGCGUGAUUAUAUUUCAAGAUUUCCAGUGGGUAUAUAUUCUGCAUAUGAGUGCAAAUUUAAAGCUCAUGUUAGAACUCAAUUCUUAUCACCAAAUACUACAUACUCGGUCAAGCUUGUCUAUAAACAUACGGUUAGGAGAUUUACUCGUGCUUCAAAGCGUAUUAUAGAGCUUCAAUACAAGUUAGAAGGGGAGACAAAAACUUGGACUUCUUACCUUGCAGACGAGAGAGAAGAUGGGUGGUACGCAGUUGAAUUAUGUCAGUUUAUUAGCGAUGGGACACCUGUUAAUCUUGAUAUUAUAUUUGAAGAAAGUGCUAAGCAUCUAGCACUAGAAGGCAUCGAGUUUCAAUCCACCAUAAAUGUGGAAGAACGUCAUGUCUCAGAUGAUGAGAAGCAGGUGGAUAUGCAACCACCCUUAUCAUAUUCAGAUGACAACGCAUAUUGGGAACAAAAAUUGCCAGAUGAUUAUCAUGAAAUAAUGAAGCAGUCAAAGGAUAAAGUGGAAUGGAAAACCAAGAAGGAGCUCUAUUCAGUUUUUCGCCAAGGGUUCCUAAUCAACUAUGGUUCUUUUUUAGAAAGGCUAUUCAAUGAUGGACAGUGGUUUUCACUCGAUAAAAAUGGGAAGAAAUGUCUGAUGCUACCAGCAAGAGCAGCUUUUAAAGUGAACAAGACCAUGAAAACUAGAUGGAUCCAAUCAGAUGAUUCCAGAUUUGGAGAAAUGCUUACAAUCAAAGAAACUGUGGAACCUGUGUACUUAAACAGCUUUAAAUACCAUGCAUUAUCACUUUCAACAAAAUAUGCAUGUUAUCUUGUCUACAAAUUACAAGACCAAUCAGAUUUUGAGUUGCCGUUGACAGUGAGAGAGACAUAUGGAGAUCAGAGUAAGAGUGAGUUUUCGCAUGUCUAUUUAGUCAGUCCGCAAACCCCAGUUAUACGACAAAAGGUUGAUGAAAUCCCCCACAAACCAUUGAGUAGACCUAAAUUAAAAGGCCUUCCACAACAGAGGAACGACCUUUGGAUGGAAGUACAAGUACACGAAUUUCAGACUACUGAUACUUCGGAAGGAUUUAUUUGGGAUCUUGAAGUAACACAUUGCGAAAACAGGAUUCUACAUGGGCUUAUUCUUCAAGGAGUUGAGUACAGACCCAUAUAAAUUAUAUUCAUAGUGAUCCAGUUGAUCCAUGUUGUUUCAGUGUAUUUUAAACCUGUAGAUGUCGCUUUGAGCAGCUUUUAAAGUGAACUGGACGAAAACUAGUUGGGUCAAAUCAGAAUAUUCCAGAUUUGGUGAAGUGCUUAUGAUCAAAAAACAUGUGGAAGCCCUAUGUCAAAACAAAAUAAAAUACCAAGUACUAUCACUUCUAACAAAAUAUGCAUGUUACCUUGUCUACAAAUUAGAAAAAGACCAAUCAUAUUUUAAGAGGAUGCCGGUGGCAGUACGAGAUAAAUAUGAGGAUUCGGAUGAUUGGGAUAAGAGUGAGUUUUGGCAUAUCUAUUUAGUCGCUCCGCAAACCCCAGUUAUAAGACAAAAGGUUAGUGAAAACACCGACAACCCAUUGAAUAGACCCAAAACAAAAAGCCUUCCACAACAGAGGAGCCACAAUUGGAUGGAAGUACAAGUAUACGAAUUUCAGACUGAUACUACGAAGGGUGUUAUUCCGAGUCUCGAACUGAAAUAUUUUGGCAACUUUUGGAGUCUACAAAGGGCCCAUAUCAAUUGCUUUUUGAGAAGUCAUGAGCUUUCGAGAACUAUGUCGUCUUUGAAUUCUAUCGUGACAUUCUAGAAGAGGGACUUCCAGACAUCUGUUGAUUGCUUUGGUUCUAGGUCACUGUUUUCUUUCUGUACAUUGUUUCAUCUGAAUUGUAUGGCUAUUUUGUGCUUUGUUGUUGUAUUG